AUGCCUCAACCUGCCACGCAGCACACAAACCCGGCUGACCCCCAUGAUCCCAAACCCACCACCGCUUCCAGCGCUCACAUCGCGCUUAGAGGUAUGCAACGAGGAGCAACAGUCGACACCGCUUCAAGCUCAACAGCUGCUGCUAGACGCCUCGGCUUGUCCCUUGGCAUUGACGCUAGAUCAGACGAUCCCGUCAGCCUGCUCACUGCAUUUGCAACGCUCCGAGCCCAACUCCGCUCCUGCACUGCCCUGUCCAGCUUCCCGCUUCCCGCCCUUCUGGCUCCCUUCCUGCGUGUGAUUCUCAGCCCGCGCACUUCGGCCCCUGUCACCUCCGCCGCACUUCAAGCUGUCCACAAGUUCUUGGUCUACAACAUUGUAACCUUGUCCGCCCCAGCUGCCCAGAUCGCUGUCGCAGAGAUCGCCCAUGCCACCAGUCACUGCCGUUUCGAAGCCUCCGAAGCAACCACCGACGAGCUCGUCCUGGUUCGCAUCCUCUCGGUCAUGCGUGAACUUAUCUGCGAGCCCACCAAGCUUGACUCGCCCUUGCCCAACCACUUUGACCCCAUUCACACAAGACAGCCGCGCACGCUCGCUGAUUGCCUAGGCGAUGACAGCGUCUGCGAGAUGAUGGAGACCGGCUUGUCCAUGUGCUGCCAGACUCGCCUUUCCGAGGUACUCCGUCGCACAGCCGAGCUGUCCAUGACUUCCAUGGUCCGCACCCUCUUCAGCCGUCUUCCGCUUCUAUCGCCAUCCGUCGAUGAAUUCUAUCCUUCCACCACAGAUGGCCCUGAGCGUGAACCGGAGCAUGCGACACUCGCUGCCGAUCCCGUCGGUCAAGAUGCCGAGCUUGACGAAAAGAAGCGCCGCAGAAUGACCAUGCCCGACCCCACCAGCAACGCUUUCCCCGCAGCCGCAGCUCACGCCCUCGACGAGCUGCGCGAGAUGGGACAAGAACAAGACGACGAAGACCAACAGGCAGCAGCGUCACCAACCGAUGCAUACAGCACACUGAACGAAUCUCGACAAGAGAAGCUCAUCUCAGAAGUCCAAGCUUCAUCGCAAGACGAAAAACAACCAACGACACCACUUUUCGAUCAGCCGCAGGCCACACCUGACACUGAGGCAGCACCUCAAGAUCCCGCCACCGAUGCGUCUCAACAAGAAGCGGUUACAACACCGAUUCAGAUCAAGCCCUUUGGACUACCGGCGAUUCUUGAAGUUUGCCGCGUCAUCGUCUCUCUCCUUGACCCCAACAACCUGCAACAUACUAACACCAUGCGCAGGCUCGGCAUGUCCAUGCUCAUCUCUAUCCUCGAAACCUCUGGCCGCUCCAUCGGCGACUUUCCUUCGUUACGUGCCCUCAUGCAGGAUACCGCUUGCAAGCACCUCUUCACCAUCGCACGCAGUGACGACACCAUUCCGCUGUCACUGAGCCUGCGCGCUCUUUCCACCAUGUUUGAGACCAUGCGCGAGCACUUGAAGCUUCAGCACGAGCUCUUCCUCAACUAUCUCAUGGAUCGCCUUGCUCCCACUUUCCCACUUGCACUCGAGCCCUGGAACGAGAGGUCUUUUGACAGUGUUGCCAAGCGUGCUCUUGCUGCCGAGGCCCUAACGCGCACCGCCACUCCAGAUCUCCCUGCAGCUGCCUUACAGGUUCAACCACCGCCUCCUCCUGCGCCACCUGCGCCGCCACUGCCAAAAAGCACGGAUCGUGCACCCGCCACCGGAGAGGCUCGCGAGCUCUAUCUCGAGACCUUUGCACAGCUCUUCCGCAACUUUGAUUCGGAACGCUCCGCCGAAUACCUUGUGGACCUCUACCUAAACUACGACUGCUAUACGGACUGCGACAACAUGUACGAGCGCGUGCUCCACUUUUUGUGUCGCAGCAUCCAUGCAGCCAAUCCACAGAGCCCUUUGCAGCAAGACUCUGUACAGCUCUUCGCCCUCGAUGCGCUCCUCUCCUUCAUCGCGGCCAUCGCAGAACGCGCCGAGACAAUACAGCCCAAUGCUGCCGAGCAGCAUGCCGUCCUUCCAGGCGGCCUUUCGGCCCAAGCUCUGGCGCUUCAGAAGGCCAAAAAGGCGACCAUCCUGGAUGGUGCUAGUCGUUUCAACGCAAAGCCCAAAGAUGGACUCGCCUUCCUCGAAAAGCAAGGUCUUCUCGACUAUGGCGAUUCCGCUCUCUCACGUGAGGAGAGGAUCGCCCGUUUCCUCAAAGAAUGCCCACGCCUUGACAAGAAACUCGUCGGCGACUACAUUGGCCGCCCUGACAACAUCAAUGUGCUCGAAGCCUUCAUUCGUCUGUUUGACUUCAAGGAUAAGCCCAUCGCCGAGGCGCUGCGAGAGAUGCUCGAAAGCUUUCGUCUCCCUGGUGAAUCGCAGCAAAUCGAACGCAUCACUCAGACGUUUGCAUCCACCUACUUUGCUGCCAAGCCCGAGGGCAUUGCCACCGAAGAUGCUGUCUUUAUUCUUGCCUACUCUGUCAUCAUGCUCAACACGGAUCAGCACAACCCACAAAACAAGCGUCGCAUGACGGUCGACGACUAUCGCAAGAAUCUUCGAGGCAUCAAUGGCGGCCAAGAUUUUGCUCCCGAGCUGAUCGGUGCUGUUUACGAGAGCAUUCGCAAGCGCGAAAUCGUCAUGCCGGAAGAGCACGCUGGUCAGCUUGGCUUCGAGUAUACCUGGAAAGAGUUGCUUAGGCGUUCGCGAACUGCCGGCAGCUUGGUCGCUUGUAAAACAACUGCCUUCGAUCGUACUAUGUUCGAGGCUAGCUGGAAGCCAAUUCUUUCGAGCAUCGCCUUCGCCUUCUCUACCUUCUCUGAUGAGUACAUGGUAGAGAGAGCAAUCUCGGGUAUUCGUCAAUGCGGUAUUCUCGCAUCCGACUUUGAUCUCAUUGAGGUCUUUGACUUUAUGGUGCACACGCUUGCAAGUGCUACCGGUCUACUUGACAGCUCGGUGCCACAAACCUUGACGAGCAAUCCGACGGUCGAGGUUGAAAACCAGCAGGUCACCGUCAGUCCGCUCUCGACACGCUUUGGUGUCAACUUCAAGGGUCAACUUGCGGCAGUGGUCUUGUUCACCAUCGCCAACGGCAACAUGGACGCCAUCCGCACCGGUUGGUCAGAUUUAUUCGAGAUCUUCAAAAAUUUGUUCGCACAUGGCAUGCUUCCUGCCUCUAUGGUGCAGAUGGAAGAUCUCGCCGAUGGCCCUGUCCCCAUCCCGCUCAAGCCAAAGAAGAUCCCCGGCCCUUCACCACAAGAUCCGCGUGCUCAGGGUGGAGGCCUGUUCAGCACUCUCUCCUCGUACCUCUUGUCUCCAUACUCAAACACGAACGAGCCUGCCCCGUAUGAGGCCACCUCUGAAGACAUUGAGGCGACCUUGAGUUCGGUAGACUGCAUCGCUUCCUGCCGUCUCGAAGACCUGUGGCGACAGGUGCUUCAGCUUUCGACAGAGUCGCAUCUAUGCGCCGUCCACUAUCUUCGCUUCCUCAUCGAGUCGCUUACCGUCGAGAAAGUCCUCUUCCGCGAGUCGGCCGGCUGGAAUACCGACGGCACCUCUACGCCGAAUAGCGUGCAUCAUGGUGCGACCAGUGGCCCCAACGGCAAAGACUCGGGCAGGCCAUUGGCAGCAGCUGCUUCUGCUUCGUCUUCGAGUAGCCUCACAGCCGGUGGCGCCGGAUCUCAUGCUGCUUUGGCAGGAAGCUUGCCACUGAGCUAUGAUCCGCGAGUGCCUUUCCUCUUGGAGCUUUUGACCCAGAUUGUCACUUCAGGUCCAAGUCAACAAGUCGCCGAGACGUGGCCGUGGAUUUCGGAGCACAUCACUGCUGUGCUUCGCAACGCCAGGUCGUACCACCCAUUGAUGGUGGAACGUGAGGUGGCGGCGCUUUUACGAAUCAUCACUUCCAUAGUCGCCGAAGAAUCGCUGCGUGAUCAAAUCUUUAUUGCCCUCGAUCUGCUACGCGAGCUGCCGGUUGACAUCCGGAUCUCUGGCUCCAAGCAGCUGCUCGCUGGUCUGACUCGCAUUCUGUCAGCGCAUCCAACCUUUGUGCGUUCUCCCACCGAGUGGGGCUUGGUAUUUGCACUUAUUGCCGACAACUCAAACAUGCGCAACGCGGACUCGGCGCGGCUUGCGUUCGACACGACCAAAGCGAUCGUUGUCGGGUCGACGAAAUUUGCCGACCAGAUUGAUCAAAUGCCCAGGCUGUCGCCGGAUAACUUUUUGCCAGCUGUUUCGCAGCUGGUUCAUUUUGCCGACGGAGCAGACACGAGCGCGUGGCGCAACAUGAUUUUGCGUGAAGCGCCGCAGCGCCGCACAACCAUCACGGAAAAGAAGGAGAUGGCCGAAGCUGAAAAGGUGCAGCAAGAGAGAGGUGUCGAAGCCGUCGGCGUACUCGAGUCGCUGAAGAGCGAGAUUCCUCGCUUGAUUGACAUUGAAGCCGGCAUGGUCAGUGCCGACAGGGACGAAGAGCAAGCCAAGCUGGACGAAAUAUGGAGCAAGUACUGGCUAGCACUGCUCACGGGACUAGCGCGGCAAUGGAUCAACGCUUACGCUCCGGUUCGUUCAGCCGCCGUCACUUUGUUGCAACGAACUCUCUUUUGUCCACAACUUGUCUCGGACGAGUCGCUCAUCUCCCCCUCACGUACGGCGCUGAUUCGUGUCGUGUUUUCGGCUACGCUGUUUCCGUUGAUCGAGGACUUGCUGAAACCGCAGGUGUAUCAGAUUGACCCACCCUCGGCAGCUAAUAAAAACGGCGGCAUGCUUGAGAUCCGCAUUCGCGCAUCUGCGUUAAUUUGCAAGACGUUCUUGCACCUACUACCGCAUCUGGCGCCGUCGCCGUCAGCCGUAGACCAGGACGCCAAUGGCCAUCUCGCAGUCGAGCAAGAGUUUGGUAAGCUAUGGUUGGAUGUAUUGGACCUCAUGGAUCGCAUGAUCAACUCCACUGGAGGAAAUGCUGGCCGAAGAAAUCCGCUUACAGAGGCCAUACCGGAGAAUCUCAAGAAUGUCUUGUUGGUCAUGUCGACCUCGCAGUUGCUGUCACCGGAAGGCAAAGGUGGGAUGCAAAAGCGUUUGUUCGAUGUGACGCACGAUCGUCUGCAGCGCUUCCUGCCAGGCUUGUUCGAGGAGGUUUUCCGACCGCCGACGGCUGCUGUAGUGCCGGUGCGCGAGCGCGAACAGAGCGAGACGGCCGAGACGGAAGCGGCGCCAUCCCAACAGGCGUAG